AUGUUGCCCAGCCACUCUUCCUACACUUCCCUCGUCCUCUCCCACUGCUCUUCCCUCUCGUUUUGCUUCCUCCGCCCCUCCUUCUGCCAUCCACUCUUUUCUCCCUUUUCCCUUCUUCCUGUCCCAUCGUCCCCUCCCUCUGCCCCUCCCUUUGUCCCUCCCUUUUCCCUUCCUUGUGCCCCUUGGCAUGCUUCCCUUUUUGCUCCUACCCCUUUCCCUCCUUGUUCCUCUCCCCCUAUUCCACACCCAUAUCCCCCCCAAGCUCACUUGGAGUCCUUCUCUGUUCUUCCUUGCAUCACUACUGAUGAGCUAAUUUACAGCUAUGACUCAAAAGACUUGAGCUCAGACAUUCUUGUUUCUUGUGGUUCUCUCUACUCCUCUCCCUCCCUCAUCUGGCCGCGAGUAGGAGUACGUUCAGGCCGUCGGCUGACCGCGGUGCUGUUCGUGUCGCAGCUUCUGCUGUUACGUUUCGCGAAUGCGUUCGCGAAAGUAGACGAAUUCGCUCACGGCGGGCGAAUCACCGCGGAAAGCCCUCGAUAUUGGAACGGAGCCCGGCGGCUGACAACGUACGCCGACCUAAUGGGCGAGCGGAGUUCCCCAGACCCUGAUACAGCAACAUCCGCCAGUGAACCAGCAGUCACCACGGCCACCCCCGCUACAGUCACAUCCGAUACAGGUGCUCCCGUGACCGGUUCGAUCAGUCACAGCAUCAACUCCGGUGCGGGUGUAGCUGCCCCCGCUGCAGUCACAUCAACAGCCAGUGUAGACGAUGCUGCGGAGGCUGGCGCUACUAGCAGCGACGCCGCUGCCUCUGCAACGGAUUCCCCGAAUUCCUCGACGCGCACCACCACCUCUUCUCCCUCUUCGUCCUCUUCCCCGCCGCCUUCGCCUCCUCCCUCUGGGAACGCGCGUCUGCCUGCCGCCACGGAUCCCUCCCUCCACUCUCAAGACUCCUCCCAUGCCUCUCCUUCGUCAGACCCCACUUCGCCGUCAGAUGUCUCUUCGUCUUCGUCGGCAGCAAGGGCGGAUAGCAACGCGGGAGGAAACAGCCUCCCAGACUCGAGCUCCCUCCCCCGACCGCAACAUCUCACUCCCCACACCCGCCCCAGGCGUCACCCCGCACACCCCCCAGUCUCCGCCCCCCCCUCCGCACGUGCGCCUGCGGGUUCCCCCCAGGGGGGUCCUCAAGGCAGUGUCUCCGGGGAAGCUCCCUCUUCGCCUGGCGGUGAUGGGGGAGAGACUUCAGAUGCCACGUCAGAUGAAACAUCAGAUGCCACGUCAGAUGCCACAUCAGAUGCCACGUCAGAUUCCUCCUUGCAGAGCCCUCCGCACGCCCCUGCCUCUGAUGCCGCCUCCCCCAGCUCGCCCCUGCAGCCCUCCGCCUCUGAUGGCUUCCCCCCGGAAGAAGAUCUUGGGGGGCAAGCGGGGCAGGGGGGGGAGGUGGGGCAGGUGGGGCACGGGGAACACGCGGGGCACACGGGGCAUGCGGGGGGAAGAGGGGGAGGGCGGGAGGAGGUGCGGUGGUGCUGCGUGGGGCGGGGGGAGUGCGCCUUCUGUGGGGAGGUGGUGCCGGCACUGUCCACUCACAGCCAGCUGUGGUCCUGGUGGUGUGCAGUGGCACAGCAAGCAGGAGUGCAUGGGCGCCAUAGCGGCCAGCCAUGCAGGUGUGCAGCGGCGCAGCAAGCAGGAGAGCAUGCCAUAGCGGCCAGCCACUCGGGGCGAGCAGUGGUCCAGUGGCUGAUCGUUGAUAAGCACGCCAUGCCCUCAUGCCCGCCCUGCCCCACACCCUACCCCAGUGUGCAGCGGCGCAGCAAGCAGGAGUGCAUGGGCGCGAUUGCGGCCUCUCAAGCGGAGCUCGUCUCGUUAGACGCAGGUCUGGCGUUCCGAGCCUUCCUGCACGGCCGCAUGAAGGCCCUCAUGAGCGAGCGCCUCGCAUGGGGGGAGGCCUACCCUGCUGUCGCUGUUGUGCGCAGAGAUGUGUGCGAUGCUAGCGAUGCGGGGCGGGGAGAGGCGGGGAGUGAGGGGCUCACGUGGAGUGAGGGUGCUGCUGGCGUUGGUGGUGUGGGAGGAGAUAGGGAUGGGAGAGAGGGUGCGCAGCUGCACCGCUUCAAGACGUGCCACCCGCUCUACGCCUCCGCUGCUGGCUGGGACCUCCCUGUGCGCUCCCUGCUUGCUCUUGACCUCGAGUCCCAGCUUGGGGGCGCUUUGGGCGCGCAGGGUGCGGGGGGUGGUGGGGGUGGAGGGGGUAGGGGGAGCAGCGGGGGCAGCAGCGGGGGAAGUGGGGGGUUUGGAGGCAAGGGGGACGUGGGAGGAGUGGGUGGGGGAAAGGGUGUAAGGGGAGGGGGCGGAGGAGGAAAAGGAGCAGGGCUAGGAGGCGGGUUUGCAGCGCCACCGUUUGUAGAAGGCGAGCCAGCGGAUGUGACUCUAGUGAAGGCCGUCUUCCCUGAGUCGUGCGCCCCUGGAGGGGACGGCACCCUCGGCCCCACGCCUGCUGCUGCUACUGGGGGAGGAGGUGGGGGUGGAGAAGGGGUGGGAGAGGAAGGGGGAAACGUGGGGAGAGGGGACACGGGGCGGGUGUGCAGUGGGUGUGUGUCAGUGAACGGGCGCGGGACAUGUGACGAGGAGGACACGUAUGCGGGAUUCCACGGCGCCUUCCGGUGUCUCAUGGAGCAGGCGGGCGACGUGGCCUUCCUCAGGCUCGAUACGCCGCUCUGGUUCGCCCGGGGGGGACGGUUCCAGCAGGCGUGGUCGCUGCAAGAUCUGGGGGAGUUCCGCGUGCUGUGCCCGCCCAUGGUGGGGGGAUGCUUGGAGGUCACAGAGAACGUGGACGCCAACUGCACCUUCGGCAGUGUGCCAGCCAAUGUGGUGAUGACGCGCAACAGCAUAUCGGAGCGCUUCAAGCAGGCCAUAGUGGCACGCCUGGAGCUGGCAGGCACAGUCAAAGCAUGGCGCGAGGCACUAUACGAGGGCCGCAACCCCUUCGACUACAUCCUCUCCGGCAGGUAG